AUGAAGCUCUGGCCAUUCAAGGUUACAAAAGGUUCGGAGGACAAGCCUAUGAUUGUGGUUACCCAGGAGGGUAAAGAAAAAAGAUUUGCUGCAGAGGAUAUCUCAUCCAUGGUUCUUUCAAAGAUGCGGGAGGUUGCUGAGGCCUACCUCGGCUCAACUGUGAAGAACGCAGUUAUCACUGUCCCUGCAUACUUCAAUAAUUCACAGCGGCGGGCUACAUAUAAGGCAGGUACUACCGCUGGCCUAAAUGUGAUGCGUAUAAUAAAUGAACCAACUGCCGCAGCAAUUGCUUAUGGCCUUAACAAGAAAACUGGCUGGUAUAGCAAGAGAAAUGUGGUAAUAUUUGAUUUGGGAGGUGGUACUUUAGAUGUGUCGCUGCUUAGCAUAGGGGGUGAUGUUUUUGAAGUGAAGGCCACUUCUGGAGACACUCAUCUCGGAGGUGAAGACUUUGAUAACAAAAUGGUGAAUUAUUGCGUUGAGGAAUUUAAGAGGAAGCAUCAAUUGGACGUCAGUGGUAACACCAGAGCGCUAAUGAGGAUAAGAAAUGCAUGUGAAAAGGCAAAGAAGAGGCUUUCAUUUGCUUGUUCUGUUGACAUUGAAAUUGAUUGUUUGUUCUCGAGUACUGAUUUCUAUAUAACAUUUACUCGUGACAAAUUUGAACACAUCAACAUGGAUUUGUUUAACAAGUGUAUGGAGCCAGUGGAGAAGUGUUUGGGGGAUGCUAAAAUGGAUACAAGCAGUGUCGAUGAUAUUGUUCUUAUUGGAGGCUCUUCUAGAAUUCCCAGGGUGCAGCAGCUAUUGCAGGAUGUGUUCAAAGGGAAGGAGCUUUGCAAAGGAAUAAAUCGUGAAGAUGCUGUGGCUUAUUGUGCAGCUGUUCAAGCAGCAGUCUUGAAUGGGAAUGGAAAUGGAACUGGAAAGCUUAAAGAUUUCACUCUCAUGGAUGUCACCCCAAUGUCCCUUGGGGUUAGGACUGAGAGACCUAAUAGUAAUAAUAUGUGUGUCGUGAUUCCGAGACACACUAGGAUUCCCAUCAUAAAGAGCAAAACUUUUGAUACUUCCAAAGACAACCAAAUUUCAUGUGUGUUUGAUAGUUUUGAGGGCGAGAGUGAAACAGCAUUAGAGAAUAAUCUCUUGGGUAGCUUUAGCCUCCACGACCUUCCUCCAGCUCCCUAGCGUGCAGUAAACUUCAAUGUUUGCUUUGAUAUUGAUGCGAAUGGUAUCUUGAGGGUUUCUGCUGAGGAGAAAUCUACCGGCUAGAAAGAAGGGAUUACAGUUACUAGUGACAGAAGAACUUUAAGAAUUGAGAA